ACAGCACCGUUGUUGGCACUGAAAGCAGCAUCAUGACAGACAAGUUGGCCAGUCAGCGCGCCAUCGCAGACGCGUACUUUGCGGCCACAGCGGCGCCAUCGUGGACUGCCGAGGUAAAGAACGAGCUGGAGACCUUCCUGGCCCACCAGACAAGCAUCGGUCGCUGCGUCGUCGUGGUCACGUCCGGCGGCACGACCAUUCCGUUGGAGCGUAACACCGUGCGCUUCAUCGACAACUUCUCGACAGGAUCUCGAGGCGCGUCCUCGGCCGAGUACUUUGUCAAGUUAGGGUACGCCGUCGUGUUCCUCCAUCGGCCUGGUUGCGUCAUGCCAUUUGCGCGCCACUUCCAAAAGUCUAUGGGGCGCGAUAUGAGUUUCCAGCUCCUGGAGCAUCUCGCCAUGGCCAAAGAUGGACACCACAUGGAGAUCUCCAGCGACGAUCGCGUGAGUCAAGCUAGAUGUGUGGACGCGCUCAAGAGCUACAAGCAAGCCAAGCAGCUCAACAUCCUGCACCCGAUCUCAUUUGUGUCUGUGAACGACUACUUUUACGCGCUCCAACUGGUGGCGGCGGCGGUGGCCCCUCUCAAGGAGCGCGCCGUCUUCUACCUCGCCGCCGCCGUCAGCGACUUUUACAUCCCCGACGCGGAAUUGGUCGAGCACAAGAUCCAGUCCCACGCCACGGUGGACCAAGGGCUGUCGUUGCAGUUGCAAAACGUGCCGAAAUUGCUGGGGUUGCUGCGCCACGUGUGGGCACCAGACGCGUUCUACGUGUCGUUCAAGCUUGAAACCGACGAAACUAUCUUGAAGCAAAAGGCGCAGGCGUCCAUUGACAACUAUGGCAUGCAUUUGGUCGUGGCGAAUGAACUCAAGACUCGGUUCGACCAAGUGUGGCUGAUCACAAAAGAUGCCCAUACGCGGCUCGACAAGCCCGAAGACGACCUCGACAUUGAGCUGGCCCUGACCAACGCCGUGUCGGAGAUGCAUUAUGGCUUCCUCGCCAGUCGCCAUGUGCACUUGCCGACGUCGUUGCCGCCUGCCGCCGCUGGCACCAAGCCCUGGGACGCCCCGUUGCGUACGCUGAAUCAAGCGGUGGACGAACACAAACACGAAAUCGUCGCAGUGCUCCUCGGGGGAGCUAUCUCCAUGUUGAUUCAUCUCGUCCAGAGACAAUAUUUGAAGUAAUAACUACUUCUUUUGGUCGUGAA